GUCACUCUUACGUGUAGUCGACUGGGGCGCUCCCGCCGCGCCGCGGCGAUCGCGGGGGCCCCGGCGCGCGCGGCCGCCCGCUCGGGCGCGAGCAGCGCAAAAAUGCAGGGAGACGGGGCGGGCGCCCCUCCAGCCAACCACCCUGGGGAGGAGGAGGAGGAGGAGGAGGAGGAGGAGGAGGAGGAGGAGGAGGAGGAGGACUUCGAGGUGGUCCCCCUUCGCCCAACGGCUACGCCCGCUCCGCGGGCACAGAGUCGGCAUCGAGAGGCUCGAAAGGCGGGGGCCCCGAGUCGUCCUCGGCGCGUCGCCGCCGACAGGUCGAGGAGAGCGAGGAGGACCCCGAGGUUCGAGGCUCGAAGAUCGAGGUGCUCUGGCGUGCUCGUGCCCAGGGAGCCGAGGCAUUGCCUGUAA